GUUGGUACGGGUGAUACCAACCUGAGCGCUAAACAAGUCUCUACCUACACGUCUCUCGUCCGUGCAACAUCUAAAAGUUGAACACGGAUUUGUUUUCUUUAAAUAUUUAAACAAUCCGUUAGCAGAAUGGCUAUUCGUCCAGUGUACAGGCCGACGAUCCUCAAGAAACGCACGAAGAAGUUCAUCAGGCACCAAUCUGAUCGCUAUGGCAAGCUUAAGCGUAACUGGCGUAAACCCAAGGGUAUUGACAAUCGUGUCCGCAGGCGCUUCAAGGGCCAAUUCCUGAUGCCCAACAUUGGUUAUGGUUCAGCAGCCAAAACCAAGCACAUGCUUCCUACUGGCUUCAGGAAGGUGUUGGUACAUAAUGUUAAGGAAUUGGAAGUCCUGAUGAUGCAGAAUAGGAAAUUCUGCGGUGAGAUCGCGCACGGCGUCUCGUCAAAGAAGCGCAAGGAGAUCGUCGAGCGGGCGCAGCAAUUGUCGAUCCGUUUGACCAACGGACACGCACGCCUCCGCAGCCAAGAGAAUGAAUAAGCUGUUUGAUUAAAGUUUAAUAAUAAAAAAAAAAGAGAAAAACUAAA